AUGGACAAAGACUGCGAUAUGGUAUAUAAGAACAUCUCUGACAUAUACAAAUCUGAAGAAUUUAAGACCUACGACAACUUUGUUUCGUUAGUUGCAAAAUGUGUAUGGCAGAUAAGAGAUAAAGAUAAAAGAGGUAAAGUAUGGAACGAACAGAUAAAACCAGCAACUUUUGAGUUAAAGAAAACCAUUGACGCCUUAGUUGUUCUAGCUGGUUUUAUUUCAAUGUACAAUGCUAAAAUGAACCCACAAUGUUCAAAAUGUAAAGCAGCAAUGAGGAAAUAUAACUACUCCGUCAAAGAGAUAGAACGUAUGCGAAACGACUAUGCUGAUUUAAAGGAAGAAGCAGAGAAACCAGCAGAAGAUAAAAUGGACAUGUUGACAUUUCUGAACAAAAACUAUCCAACAGCUGACGAUUUCCUUCUAUCUGAUGUCAAGAAGAAAUAUAAAGAAACAUUCGGCAUAGUUAAAACAUUCGAUAUCCUCAGCGAAGAAAUAGAAGCUACAAAACUGUUUAGAAUUUCAAAUAUACAUCGUACAAUUCAUGUAAAACGCUUGUGA